GUACAAUACGGACCGAUUGACUGAAGUUGUCAGUGCCAUUCAUUCAGCGGCCGCGGCUAGACAUGCGCGUUCUAAUUUUGAUUUUAUUUGUGUUCGGCGCGCGUUCACAUCGGACCGACCAGAAAUACUGGCGAGACCUCGCUCACGCUGAGCUCGAAGAGGCACUGAACCUGAAGCUGAACCAGAACAGAGCCAGGAAUGUGAUCCUGUUCAUAGGAGACGGCAUGGGGCCGAACACAGUCACCGCCACGCGGAUAUACAAGGGUGGAGAGGGGUACAAGAUGGCCUUUGAGGAGUUCCCUCAUGUUGGGAUGCUUAAGACAUACUCUGCCAACAAGAUGGUCCCAGACUCCGCAUCAACGGCCACCGCCAUGUUCAGUGGCACGAAGGUCAACCAUCGGACCAUAGGCGUUGACGCCACAGUGGCAGAAAAUGAUUGCCCCAAGUCUUUGGACCCUGAAGCGCAGCUGAAGUCCUUGGCUGCUGUAGCAUUAGAAGCUGGGAAGAGUGCAGGUUUCGUGACAACAAUGCGAGUGACGCACGCGACCCCUGCCCCGCUGUACGCCCACACCCCUAACCGCCAUUGGGAGUGUGAAUCAGUCAUCCCUCAGGAGUCCCGGGCUUGCAAGGAUAUUGCCAGGCAGUUGGUUGAAGACUGGCCGGGGAGAGAUUUAAAUGUAAUAAUGGGUGGAGGCCGUCAAAUGCUGGUCUCCAACUCCUCAGCCCUCGAAGGUGAUCCCAUCAACUUGUGGGGCUGUUACAGCACGGAUGGAAGGGACCUCAUUCGGGAUUGGAUGAUGGAUAAGGAACAGAGACAGUUGAAGUACAGCGUGGUGCAGAACAAUAGUGAACUGAGCGGGGUCAACUUUGAUGAUACAGAUUAUUUGAUGGGAAUCUUCGCUAACGGGCACAUGGCGUAUGAAUUCGAGCGGAACCAUGGUCCCGAAGGCAUGCCGUCGAUCAGUGAGAUGGUGGAAGCCGCGAUCAAGGUUCUACGGAAGAACCCUAAUGGGUACUUUCUUAUGGUAGAAGGCGGCAACAUAGACAUGGCGCACCACCGCGGACGAGCUAAAACCGCCAUCGAUGAAGCAGCCGCCAUGGAGGACGCUGUUCGCGUCGCCGCCGCCAUGACCAAUGAAGAGGAUACGCUGUUGGUCGUCACUGCUGACCAUACGCAUACCCUGUCUAUCAAUGGGUAUCCCCAAAGAGGAUCCAAUAUCUUUAGUCACACCGAAGUAUCCCCGUACGACCAUAAGCCAUACACCACACUUUCAUACGGCACCGGCGGGCCGGGCGCAUUGCAUUACGAAGUGGUAGACCAAAAUCUGGUCCGCAAGGAUCCGGGGAACAGCGACGACUUCAUGUAUGAGCAGAUAGCUGGGGUUAUACUGGAUGAGAACAGCCACGGGGGUGGUGAUACUACGAUAUAUGCUAGAGGUCCAAAAGCGCACCUGUUCCACUCAAUCCAUGAGCAGCACUACGUGUUCCACGCGCUGUGUCGCGCGGCGCAGAUCGGUGACCACGCCACCGACGCAAGCGCACAUACCACACUUGCAUUCACUGUAUUAUUGCUUACGACCGCUGUACAUUUACUUUUUUAACAGUUGUUGUUAGGCCUUGAACAUAACCCGGCGCUAGCGUACGAGGCAGGGGUUAGAUUGACACUCUGAUUUUGGACCAAAAGGGAUAAUGCCUUGCGUUAGAGAGGGACAACAGGAUUUGACCUAGGAUUGAUUUCAAACUUCGGUUUUGUAGGAAGUGUCCUUUCCGUACAUGCCCUGUGUUUGAAGAUGUUCAGAAGUGGUCGUUUUUAUUUGCAGCCCUCCGUGACUCAGUUGGUCAGAGAGACUGAUCCGGAUUUACCAGAAGGUCACAAGUUCAGGGCCCUGAUGGAGGUGUAUCCAUAUUUCCUUUAAUUUAAAAUUAUGUGGUUGUUAUUGCAUGCCGUGUAGGUACUUACAUGGUGUGAUAACGACCACUUUUGAACAUUUUCAAACAAAAGUAGCAUAACAUUCCAAGAUAGGGUUAAAAGUGUUAGAACUAUGAGACCUUAGGAAAAAUGUUUUACGACUGAACUACUUACUAGACCAAAUUAUGUA